AUGUCUUGCACCUCCGUCCUUCCUUCCUCUCGUUGUGGCUCCGACAUCGAGCUCAAUCAGGACAAACAUGUCAAUAGUGCCGAGUCUUAUGCUGAACAACCUUUCGUCACAUCCUUCAUAUACGACGGACAUGGCCGUCCCAAUCGCCACGGCCCAUCAGCGUUCGACCCGUCCGCCACCCUAUCAUCGCUCCUCGAAGCUCAAGUCCCCCCUCUGCUACCUGGGCUUCCCACCGACGAGGAUCCCACAUCCGACGACUCACCUCUCAUCUACGGAUUCCCCGCCCACUGGUUCGGCGUCACUUCCAGUGAUGCGAAUCCUGUCAUCACGCCCAACGGCGGUGACAAUCCAAUCAUCACCAUAACCGCUCCAGAGUCUUACUCUUCCGUCGAGACCAUCUCCUCUCCGAAACCUACACCUUUCGGUAUUGAUUCGUCCUGGAUGUCGUGCUCUGAAGCUUCUACGGGCUAUGGCAGUCCGAGUCUGCGCUAUUCCACUAGUAGCUCUUGGCUUGAUAACGACGAGAAGUUCUUUCCGAGACCAAUUAGAGAGGUGAAGCCGGGUCGGAGCAGAAUUAUAUGGAAGGGUAUUGGCCGUGAGGUGGAUGCAGACUGUCUUCGUGCAGGAUUUUGA